UUUAUUUCAACAUGCAAACGACGUACCGCUUAAAUUAUCAAAUUGCUUUAAAAAAAUCAAAAAAAUGUCUAAAAGGUUGCGUAAUCUGCGCAUGUCAUUAAAUCGUCAUACAAACCAUUCAAAACUACGCCGCCAUACACACUGAAGACUUAACUUAAUGAUUGCUCGAAUGAGUAACACUUUAAAGAAGUACUCAACUAUGACGACCAUAACAGAAGCUAAAAAAUUAGCUGCCCAUCGUGCAGUGGAUUUACAUGUGAAUUCUGGUAAUUUAGUUGGUAUUGGAAGUGGAUCUACUGUUGUUUAUGCAAUAGAAAGGUUAGCCGAGAGAGUCGAAAAAGAAAAGUUACAGGUAAAAUGCGUACCUACCUCUUUUCAAGCAAGACAACUUAUUAUAAAGCAUAAACUGCCUUUAACAGAUUUAGAUAUAAAUCCGGAAUUAGAUGUUUGCAUUGAUGGAGCCGACGAAGUGGAUUCUAACCUCAACUUAAUCAAAGGAGGCGGGGGCUGUUUACUUCAAGAAAAAAUCGUAGCAAGUUGCUCGAAAAAAUUAAUCAUUGUUGCAGAUUAUUCCAAAAAUUCUCAAAAACUUGGCGACCAAUACAAAAAAGGUAUUCCAGUAGAAGUUUCGCCAAUGGCGUAUGUUCCUAUCCAGAAUAGAAUUCAAAAACUACAUGGGGGUACAGUCGACCUAAGAAUGGCUGUCUUAAAGGCUGGGCCAGUAGUUACUGAUAAUGGGAAUUUUAUUUUAGAUUGGAAAGAAUAUAAUCAAAAUGUAGAUUGGAAUAAAAUUAAUAGUGAACUGUUAUCGAUCCCUGGAGUUGUCGAAACUGGACUUUUUAUAAACAUGGCCUCUAAAGCUUAUUUUGGAAUGACCGAUGGAUCUGUGAAAGUACAAGAAUAAAUUUCAAGAAUGAAAGAGAAAGCGUAACUACAUAACAAAUAAACAUAUUCAUGGUUUUCAUUAUUAUUAGGACUUAAAAGUUAAGUCUAAAAGUUAGCUGUACAGUUGUAACGCAUACAUGAUUUUUUUUAUAUUUGUACUUAAAUAUAUUUUCCAGA